AUGGACGGCGCUCUGCACAGGUCAGCAGCGCGCCAGCUCAUCCAGGCAUGUCAGGCGGCGCUGCCACGUCAGCGCAAGCAAGCGGUUACCAGCGAGUACAAGCGCCUCUGCGUCAUGCUCACUCGGGCGGAGAAGAAAUCCGAGAGUGCAGUGGAAGAGGAGGGCGAGGAAGAAGAAGGGGGGGAGGAGCAGCAACAGCAAGAAGCAAAUGAUUCCAGUGGAACCUCCAAACAGGGUUUCCAGCCCUUGAACUUUGAAAGAUCCUCCAGCAUGCCUCCUUUUAUCCCCACCUCUCAAUCAUGCUCUCUCACUUCUCAUAUUCCGUCUCUCCCUCCUCUCCCAUCUGACAUCCUCCACCUCCUCUUCUCUCACCUUGACCCUUUCUCGCUUGCCCGAGCCUCUGCUGUUUGCUCCCACUGGAGGGACAUUGCAGCUGCUGCCGAACCUGACUGGAUGAGGCACCUCGCUGCUUGCCUCGUUUCCGUACCUGCUGCCGAGGCCCGGGAGAGCAGGGGUGGGAAGGGCCGUCAGGAUUUUGACUUCUUCACAUGGAUCGCUGCUAAUAUGCUGCUUACAUACCAUGGGUCGCUGCCACAGCACACCACUAAUCUGCAGCUCAUCUCAUGUCCUGUCUACUGCUUGCUUGCUUCUCCCUUCGCUGGAAGCUCUUCACUGUCCUCUUUACAGUCCAACCGGGUACUGUGUAAAGAAUGCAGCAUGGUGGCGUGGACACCCAAUUCCGCCCCUACACCUCCUCCUCACGCUACUACUCCCUCUUCCCCCUCGGUUGCACCAUCGCUAGCCACAGCCAGUCUCUCAUCUGCUCAGUUUUACCGGGGAAAAAAUAAGGGCAGGGGUGGGAUUGUCACUCCAGGGAAUAACAGUACGGGUACGGGUGUAGGUCUUGGUGCUUCUGGAAAGGAAAAAGGAGCUGGAGCCUGUUGCGGGAGCAGCAUGGCUGGUGGUUCUUCUGCUGGAGCUGGAAGGGCGGGUAAAGUGGGUAGUGAGACCGUGGACGGGCAUGAUGUAGCAGCAGACAGGUGUGAGUUGGCAAGCAGGAGUGGUGGUGGUGGCGGUGGUGGUGGUGGUGGUGGCGGCAGUGGCAGCGGCAGCAGCAACGGCGGCAGCCGUGCAGCGGCAGCGGGAGCGAGGUUCUUUGCUAGAACGUGUCGUGUGAAGAGCACAACGAGACGGGGGUACAGAAUGCAGCAGCACGUGUGGAAACUCUCAGCAACAGCAAAGGUUGUGGCAUCCCUCUCUGACGAGUUUGAGGGGGAGGAGUCCAGUGAUGAGGACAGCGAAGGAGUAGGCAGAGCUGGUUGCCACUUCAAACCUGCAUCUGCUGUGUCUCUCCCUUCUCCCACUCGGCCUCCUGCUGCAGGUUGUUGCAUCCCUCUCUGA